AUGAGGCCCGCGAGAAGCUGGGCCCCGUUGGCAGUGACCGCGCUGGUCGCGACGGCUCUGCUGCUGAGGCCCAUCCACGCUGAUGCGCCUAUCUCGGGCAGUUAUCUGCCACCGUCGACCAGCUAUGGCACGCCUAAUCUAGGAGGUGGUCGACCUUCCUCGACCUACGGAGCACCCGGUGGAGGUGGCGGUGGCGGUGGCGGCGGGGUGUCCGCCAGCUACGGAGCACCCCCAUCCUCGAGCUACGGAGCACCCCCGUCCUCGAACUACGGAGCACCCCCGUCCUCGAGCUACGGGGCACCGUCCGGCGGCGGCGGUGCGCCUUCCAGCAGCUAUGGAGCCCCAUCUCGCCCCUCCGGCAGCUACGGGGCACCGUCCGUAGGACGUCCGUCUUCCACCUAUGGCGCUCCUUCGGGAGGAGGCGGCGGAUUCGGCGGCGGCGGUGGUUUCGGCGGCGGCGGCGGCUUCGGCGGGGGUAAACCAUCCUCGACUUAUGGGGCACCGUCGAAUGGAGGCGGUAGACCGUCGUCAACUUAUGGCGCACCUUCCAGCGGUGGCGGAGGUUUCGGCGGCGGUUUAGGUGGCGGUUUUGGAGGUGGGGCACCCUCCUCGAGCUACGGGGCGCCUUCCUCGAGCUACGGAGCGCCCUCCUCGUCAUAUAGCGCACCCUCCUCGAGCUACGGGGCACCGCGCGGCGGUGGUGGUGGCGGCGGAGGUGGAUAUUCCGGAGGUGGAGGCAAACCCUCGACCAGCUAUGCAGCGCCUUCCUCGAGCUACGGAGCACCUUCUUCGAGCUACGGAGCGCCUAGUUCCGGCGGCGGUGGCGGCGGCGGCGGCGGCGGCGGCGGCUUCGGAGGAGGUGGAUACUCCGGUGGCGGUGGAAUAUCUUCAACUUACAGUGCACCCUCGGGAGGUGGCGGUGGAUAUUCCGGAGGUGGCGGCGGAUACUCCGGCGGUGGUGGCGGAUACUCCGGCGGCGGUGGUGGAUAUUCCGGCGGGGGCGGCGGUGGAUAUUCCGGCGGUGGCGGCGGUGGAUAUUCUGGCGGUGGCGGCGGCGGAUAUUCCGGCGGUGGUGGUGGAUAUUCUGGCGGUGGCAGUUUCGGAGGUUCUAGUGGUUACUCCGGCGGCGGUGGUGGUGGUUACUCUGGCGGUGGCGGUGGUGGUUACUCCGGCGGUGGCAGACCGUCGUCGAGUUACGGUGCUCCGCAGAUACAGAACGGUGGCGGACAGAGCUACGCCAGCAAUGGAGGAUACCAAUACUAA